AUGCAGCCAUUUCCACGGGUUCCCGCCAUUAAUGCCGGUCGGUUCGGUGUCGUUCGAUACAACGGCAGCUUCGACAAAGACGAGGAAGUUACCUGUGCCGUUUGCCUUUGCAAAAUCGAAGAAGACGACGAGGUCAGAGAGUUGAUCCGUGACCAUCUCUUUCACAGGGAUUGCUUGGAUAGAUGGCUUGGUUGUAGCUACUCGUCGACUUGUCCCGUCUGUCGAACGUUGUUAACGCCGGGUAAACUAGUUGCCGGCGUCGAAGUUCUGGUGUUUAACUGUUUCAGGUUCGACUCCGACUGUCGCCGUGAUAACUGGUGGCUGCGCUAA